AUGGAAAUGAUUGUUACAACAACAACAUCUAUGAAAAAGAAAAAUUCUCAUUUAAUUCGAAAAUGGUCUGGUGUUAUAUGGCUUUUGAUUGAAGUGAAUUUAUUUGGUGGUACAAUAUUUGGAUUUUCAGCUUUAUUUGAAAUUUUACCUCAAUAUAAUAUUUAUGGUGAUAGAAAUAAUUGUUCAUCAUCAUCAUCAACAGAAAGUGACGAAUCGUCUUGUAGAAGAUAUCAAACACGACAUUAUCAAAAUGCAUUAACAUUAGGUAUUAUUUUAUUUGAAAUUCCAUCAUUAAUUAUUGGUCCAUUGAUCGAUCGAUUUGGAUGUCGAUUUGUUAAAUUAAUUUCAAUAAUUCUUCAUAUUAUCGGAUGGUUAGCAUUAGCAUUCAUUGCACCUGGACGAGAUUCAUUGUUAUAUGUUCACACAGCCUUCUCAUCCUUGAGUGGUAGUAUGAUAUUAUUAACAGCUUAUUCAUCAAGUGGUUAUUUUACAAAAUCAAGAGCAUUUGUAUCGGCUUUGUUUGCUGGAUCGUGUACAUCAGCUACAAUGUGGUAUUCAAUAUUUCAAGUUUUAAUUGAUGCAAGAAAGAUUACAUUACAACAACUAUCAUACAUAUGGUUGUCAUUUGGUGUAUUAUUGUUAAUUAGUUCAUUUCUAUAUGUUGAUUGGACAUUCCCUAUUUUAAAUUUACCUUAUCAAUUUGAUACAAAAUUAGAAGAGAAAAAAGUAUCUUCAAUUAAUGUUAAAAGUAAAUCAAUUAAUGAAAUAGAUAAAAUGAAAUGGUAUAUACGAAUUUUAAAACGAAAAGGUGUUUGGUAUUAUUUAACAAGUCCAUUGUAUAUAUUGGUGGUAUUAUUUUUAAGUGUUCUAUUACUACCAGGAAUAUUUCUUUCUGUAACAUGGUAUCCAUGGGUAUAUUAUAUUACAAAACAAGAUAAAAUAUUGACUAAUAAAUAUACACUUGCAUAUAACUUAUCAACCAUUGCUGCUAUUAUUAUUUGUCCAAUAAACGGUUUUCUACUUGGAUUUAAAGCUGAUAGAAGUAGAAAAAACAAAUUAUUUAAUAUUUCAUUAAUGCAAACUAUAUCAUGGCUUCUCAACAUUGUCGCAUGUAUUGUAUGUAUGUUUGUUCGAACAAGUAUGAUUAUUCCAGCAUUGGUAAUUAAUUGUAUUGGACGAGCAACAAUUGUGGGUGGAAGUCAAGCAGUGGUAGCAACUUUCUUUCCAUCUGAAUAUAUUGGUACAUUAAGUGGUGUAAUGUGGACAUUAGUUGGUGUUAUUGCUACAGUUCAAUAUGGUUUAGUUCAAUUAACGGAUGAUAUAACUCGUUCAUGGAGAGCAUGGGUGAUUGUAUUAUCACUUGUGAUAUUAAUGUCAUGUCAUUUAAUUCAAUUAUGGUGGAAAUACAUGAAAGAAUUGAGAAAUAAAUCGGCAACAAUGAUUGAAGAUAAGAUUACAACAAAAUUUUGA